AUCUUUAUAGGCAACACCAGAAAAAUGGAUGAAAUUGAAAAAGUAUAGUCUGCUCGCUCAAAGUUGCAUCGCGUAAAUGUUAGAUUAUGGAGGAAGAUUCAGAAGAUGUUGCAGUGUAUCAGGCUAUAUUAAAAAAUCUAAAAAUUUUAUCCCGUGUAUUCUGGAGUUUCCCACUUACAUCUCUUUCUAAAUACAUAUCUGGUACUAAUUACAUUACAACUUCAAAACUGGAAAUUUCCUUAACCAUAUUUGCUUUAUUUUCUUUCGUUUUAAUUCUUUAUCACUGUUGCGAAUUAUUACGCAGAUUUUUACGCAAAUUUUAUCCCGUUAGGCUUCGUAAGUUAUUGUUAAUCAAUUCUGCCGAUUUAUUAAAGGAUCGAGAUUCUUGGGAAUUCAUUAAUGAAAAUUGCGGCGUAUAUGCAAUAAAAGGACGCAGACCGAGAAUGGAAGAUAGAUUUAGUGUAAUUUCUGAUAAAGAAAGUGGUAUAUCUAUGUAUGGUAUUUUCGAUGGACAUGGAGGCGAUUUUGCUGCAGAAUUUGUCGAAAAGCACCUCUUUAAAGAACUUCUGAAAAAGCUCCAAGCUGUUGUAAAGAAGGAAGUGAAAAAAGAACCAUACAACUUGACUAAUGAAUUUGUGGAACUUUUAACAAAAGGAAUAUUAGAUGUUGAUUUGGAAUUAUUAGUCAAAGUUAAAGCUUCAAGAGAUGUUGCUGGAACAACAGCUUUAGUAGCAGUUGUAUAUAAAAAUAAAUUAAUUGUUGCUAAUGUGGGAGAUUCUAGAGGAGUAAUCUGUGAUUCCAAAGGCAAUACAGUUCCUUUGUCUUUUGAUCAUAAACCAGAUCAGUUAAAAGAAAGACGUCGCAUCAGAGAAGCAGGAGGAUUCAUUUCCUUUAAUGGUGUAUGGCGAGUGGCUGGAAUCUUAGCUACAUCAAGAGCGUUGGGUGAUUUUCCUUUAAAAGACAGAAAUCUGGUUAUUGCAAGGCCAGAUAUUUUAACUUUUGAUUUAGCAGACUUGAAUCCUCAGUUUAUGAUUUUAGCUACAGAUGGUUUAUGGGACACUUUUUCAAAUGAAGAUGCAGUUGCUUUUGUCAAAGAUCAUAUUCAGAGUGAUCUAUAUAAAGGAGCAAGAAGUUUAGCAUUGCAAGCUCAUAAAAAUGGGUCUAUGGACAAUAUUACUGUAUUAGUAGCUAGCUUUAGCAAUAUUACAUCAUCUUGAUACUACAAUUUUACUUCUACAUAAAAUGCAAAAACAGCCAAAAUGUUAUAACUUUAACAAGCAUUACAUUUAACGUGCAUAUUAUAAAAUGGCAAAAUUAUGCUUUCAUUAAUGCUAAUGAUAAUUAACAAGCUCAUUACAUUUAGAGAGACAAAAAUCUUAGUCUUUCAAACUGCAUUGAGCAUUUUAAUUAUUCAAUAACUUAAAUAAUGAAAUUUGUUAUUGUAUAAUAAAAUUAUACAUUAACAAAAGAAAAAUAUUGUCAGUAAAUUAUUUUCUAAAUGGCAUACUUUCCAUGCAUCUUAUUUAUCUACUUACUGGUAUUUAUACCUUAUUUCAGAAACUUCAAACUUCACAAUUUCAAAUAUGGAACAUUUUAUAAGAUUUUACUUUCUGUAUUUAUGAACAUCUACUGAUUUUUAUUUUACUCAAUUAAUGCUUUGUAAUAUGAAUGUAUAACAAAAAUAAUUGCACAAACUGUAUUGUAAGAUUUAAGUGUUGGAAAAAUAUACUAGUCAUAAUUCUCCCUGAGGGAAAAAAGAAAAAGCUUUGUCAAAUUUCAGUUUGUAUGCCUGAGCAGCAUAUAAAAUUUUUGCUGCCAAAUAAUGUUGAAAGUAAUGUUAAAAAAUGCUGCAUCAUCAUGUCCAUCUGAUAUUACUUUCUGUCAUAAUGACACUGCUAUGUGAUUAUGUUAUAUAUUUUUAUUAAAAGUUUUAAAACUUAAAACUUUUUGGGAUUUGACUCAAAAGGAAUUGUAAUUGCAAUACAUAAUUUCAUCUUGAUAUAUUUUUUUACUUGAAAAAAAUCAUAAUUGUAGCUCAUGCAGGUUAAAAAAAAAAGAAAGAAAAGAGAAGAAAUUAUAAGGAAAUACUCUGUAUAUAAAAUUUCUAUUAAAAAAAGGAAUAUUUUAAUGAGAAUGGGCUUUUAUUCUUUAAAUAACUAAUGCAUACUUUUUUAAUAUAUGCACUUCUUAUGCAUGCCAAACCUAUCUAUAUAUAUUACAGCAUCACAAUUUUUUUUUUAUUUAAAAACAUAAUUAAUCCAAUUAUUUCCAUGCAAUAUGCUGCUGAAAAUUGAUCAAUAUAGACAAAAAGUAAGAAAUUAGAACCAAUUUUACACAAAGACCCAAUAGAAGUGAAAUUCACUACCAAUAAAUUUCAAAAUAUCAUAUAAAUAUGCAAAAUAAGAAUUAAAAAAUGUUAAACUAAAACCUAUAAAUUAGAGAAAUCAGAAAAAAAUGCAAAAGAGGAAGAAUUAAAUCAAAUCUGAUAUAAGGUUAUUAUGAGAAGGAUAUAUCAGAUUUAAUUAUAAUCCCCUUCUACUUGAAGACCACUGCAUUUCUGUAGCUAAAAAUAGCUGAUGAACUAUUCUAAAGUAUUUCAUAUUCUUCCCUGAUGCAGCAUCAGAAUUCCAGGGUUAAAUCAAGGAAAAGAAUUAAAUUAGAAAUUUUUUACUGAAUUUAAAUUUGAAAUAAAGUAGAAAUACAAAAAAUAAACCAAAAGCACGAAUUUAAAACUUACUCAGAAGACAAAAAUGCAAUCCCGUAGUGAAAAAUAUUAAAACACAUCCAAAUGAAGAAAAUCCUAAAUUGGAAUAAAGUAAAUAAUUAAUAUAUUUUUCACAUAAUCUGAGAUUAGAAUUGAAAAAAUGUGAAAUUAAAAAUGUAGAAAAUCUCUUACUUUUUGUCUAUAUAUAUAUGUAUAUAUAUACUCAGCUUAUAUCUUUCUAAUCUGGUUUAUUUUCAGAUCAUUAUUAUUAUUAUUAUUAUUAUUAUUAUUUUUAAUUUUGGGAUUCCAAAUGAAUUUCUAAAACUGUGCAAAUUAUUAUUACUUACACAUAUAAGAGCUAGUGAAAAGUCGAUGUUUGAAGAAACACUGUGCCUGUGUACUGCAGUGUCCCAAACUGAUGUAAUGUAAUAAAACUUGUUUGCAUUUUUGUAGAUUUUGUAGUUGUUUUUAUCCUAUAUGUUUGCUUAAAAGAAUUUAAAUUAUUUCAGUAUUGUUUUUGUUUUUGUUGAUGUUUAUCUUGUGUUGAAAGAAGUAGAGAUUUUAACUAACUGUAUAUUGUUAACUAUGAAAUAAAAAUGCUUUGUUUGACUGUUGAAAAA